UACUUAAUGCUAACAUGUUAUUUCUGUGAAUUUGUUCUUUUUAAAUCCCCAUAGAAAAUAUUUGCCAAAACAAAUCAUUUGAAUUGCUUGUAGGCAAAUAUUAUAGACAAAUCAUUAUAUAUAUUAUUCCAUGAUCUAUCAACUGAAAAUUGUUGUAUACUGUUAAAUUGUUAAUCUACAAACUCUGAUUGUGUAUUUAUGCAUUUUUAAAUAUAGCAUAAUUUACAUUUGAAAUGUUUUGAUAAGAGUUGUUACUAGUUACUUACUAAUGUGUAAUUCUUCCUGUUUAUUGUUACAGUCUGCAGCUGACUACCAUGUGUCUCCAGUGUAGACCAACCACAGUGUCUUGUGUAUGUAUAAAGCUAGCAUGUGAACGAUCCAAUUGGGAUCUACCUCAGUUGAUAGAUGGAAGAGAAUGGUUUUGGUUUGUGGACAAAGGCCUUACAAGAGAAAUCCUGGAGGAAUUGGCAGCUGAGUUUUCCACAGUGUUGGAGAAAUGUCCAAGUAGGGUGAAACGAAAAAUGCAGAGUUUAAGUUCCGUAAAAAAGGAAGUGCAUUCUGCUGAGAAACAUCCCAAAGUGGAAUGCAUUAAAACAGGAACACCAGUGCGGAUGAUUGAGAAGCCUUCUCAGGACUGCAAAAAGGACUCUGCACUUUGUAAUUCUGCAAGUGUUUCUCGACCACAAGCGAUUAUUAAACCCUCAACAAAUGGACAGUCCUUAACAGACCAUAGGACCCACAUCAAUGUGAAUCUUGUAACAAAUGUGACUAUGCCAACUGAGAACUUAAUGAUGAAAAGCGACGGGCAACAAGAGCCAAGUAUAGCUUUUUGUUCAGUUUCUCAAAGUUUAUCUGAAAACAGACAGUUAGCCAAUAAUUAUCCAAGUCACAUCAAAUGUCAUUCCAGCAUCCUGUCUAAUGAAGAGCACAGGCUAGUCCACAAUCAUCCAAAUUCUUUUCUACGCAGUUCUAGUGGUAAUGAUGCUUUAUUUCAGGACUUUUCUAGUAAUGAUUCUUCUAGCAAGGAUUUCAUACAAAAACUUCCCACCAUUCAAAUGGUUGGCACUUCGGUGGCAGAAAGUAAUGUGCAACGAGAACUGUCUACUACCUUUGUUCAGUCUGUUUCCCAUAGUACAAGUUCCUCGCUUCCUCCGAUAAUGAAGUUGGAGGGUUCUGAGGUUGUAGGGUCUGUUUCAACUUUAUCUGAACCAAAAUAUCACAGUAAUGGGACAAGCGUGUGUAGCCAGGUAAAUAAGGACCUUAACAUCAUGUAUAAAAAUGAUAACAGUCUGGACUCAAAAAGCCAAAGUAGUCAAGAAACUACUCAUGAGAAAUUUAAAAGCUCCAAACGAAGAAGUCCACGCAUUGAGAAAAUGUCCAAUAGUUUUAGAUCUGGAACACUAACUAAUUCUGUAAAAGAUGGUGUCAAGAUAACUGCUGGGACACUAACUAAUUCUGUAAAAGAUGGUGUCAAGAUAACUUCUGGAACACUAACUAAUUCUAUAAAAGAUGGUGUCAAGAUAACUUCUGGGACACUUUUAGAAAGAACUUCCAAACGUAAACAUCAUGAAAAACACAAACACAAACGUUCAGGAAAAGAGAAGUCCACUGAUUAUAUAAGCAGCCCGAGCCAACCAGUUAGUCUAAAAAUAACCAUUAACCGAGUUCUUUCACUCCCACGUGAAUCGACUCUCAGAGUCUUGAUCCUUUAUGUUUGUCAGUAUUGGGUGUAUGACAGUCAGAUUUCAGCACUGUCAGAGUCUUGA